AUGAACAACGAGCAGUUCCGGCGGCUGUUAGCCGACACUUCAUCCUCAAACAAGUCUGGAGAAAUAUCGUCGUUCUCGUCCCGAAAUGCAGCCCCCGGCAGCGCAACACCAGGCGGCGGGCUACUCGGCUCGCGAAUGCGAUCCAGCAUUCCCAUGACCCCGCGCGCCGUAACUGGUGUCGAUUUUGCCCGCCAACUCGCAGAACAGCGUCGCGAAGGAGGCGACCGACCCACCAAACGAUUCAAAUCCUCCGCCGCCCCAAAAGGCUCCAAGCUACCAACAGGAUAUCAAGACCGGGCCCAGCUGCGCAAUGAAACAGCCGACGAAGAUGACCUGACAAAGCGCAUCAAGGCGCUAGAGGACAUGGUGAAACUUGGCCAAAUCGACCAGGCCACAUUCGAGAAGCUGCAAAAGGAACUUGGGGUCGGUGGUGACACUGGGAGCACACAUAUGGUCAAGGGUCUGGACUGGGCUUUGCUUCGCCGAGCGAGAGCUGGUGAGGAUGUCUCACAAGCACCUGCGAAGCCUGAACCAGCACCAGCGGACGAUGAGCUUGUCGGCGAAGAUGCCGAGGAGGCGUUUGAGCGCUUGAUGGAGGAGAAGGCAUUGGAGGAGGUUCAGGCUGCGCCAAAAGAGCAGAAGGAGAAGAAGAAGGGCAUGAUGGCGCCUCCUCCGGCGCGGAAGAAAACGAGAGAUGAGAUUCUUCAAGAGUUGAGGAGUAAGCGGGCUGCUGCGAGUGUGCCUGCUCCGCCGCCCGAGUCAGUGCUGGGAGCUAAGUUCAAGAAGCUUGGGGAUGGAAAACCGGAGAAGAAGCGGUUUAUCGAGACAGAUGCGAGUGGGAGAAGGAGGGAGGUUUUGCUUAUCACUGAUGCGGAGGGUAAGACGAAGCGGAAAACGCGGUGGAUUGAUAAGCCUGGUGAAUAUGUUAAGCCUGAUACGAUGCCCAUGCCUGAUAAAGAUGCCAAGCCGCUUGGUAUGGAGGUUCCGGCUGAGAUCGCGGCUAAGAUUGCUGCUGCUGCUGCCCAGGAGAAGGAGGAUGAUGGUGAUAUUUUUGCGGAUGUUGGUGCGGACUACAAUCCCCUUGCUGGUAUCGAGGACGAAGAUGAUUCCUCAUCUGAUGAAGAAGGGGAGACGAAAGAUUCGGUCAAGGCAGCUCGAGAAGAGAAGAGGAUCCCGGCCGAAGAGGAUCAGAAACCUGGCGCUGGAGUACCUUCCAAACCUCGUAACUACUUUGCCACAGAUUCUUCUACGGCUGUUGAGGAGGAGCCGGAGGACCGGUCUAAUCCUCUCACGAGGGAUCCGACUAUUCUUGCUGCACUCAAGCGAGCAGCUGCUCUUCGGCAGGCCUCGCCGUCUGCUGAAGAAGGCGAGUCUGCCGAGUCCUCCCUGCGGCAGAAGAAGUUCCUUGAGGAAGCCAGACGACGAGCUGCCUUGGAUGAUGCGGAUAUGGAUCUUGGGUUUGGGGGUAGUCGAAACGAGGACGAUGAAGAUGAGGACGCUGUGCUGCUGGACUUCGAGGAUCAGGGUGCCAAGAAGCGGAAGCGUGGACCCAAAAAGAGGAAAGGUGAUAAGGACAGUGUGGAUGAUGUGAUGCGUGUGCUGCAGGGACGCCAGAAGGAGUCAACUUCAUGA